AUGUCAUCCGGACAUCCCCCGCCUCCCCUAUUUCCGCCACUCCCUCUCGAUCCUAUUUCUGAUAAUCUUCCCUCGGACAUCAUCUCACGAGACUCAUCCUCCUCAGACUCAGAUACCGAAACCACCGCGAAACGGGGCCGCAUGUUGAAACACGCCGAGAGCUACUUGCGGGGAGAGCCGCUUUAUCUACAUUCUGCAGGACUACGGGGUCCAGUAGUUAAGAAUCCAUGGGCAAAGGGGAAGAAACAGACCAAAAGAAAAGCAAUAGAACUAGAAGAAGGGACUUUGGAGGAAGACAUGAGUAAGAGAUUAAAGGGCAGGCAGGAAGAGAGGGAGAUAGAACCAGGUCCCUCGCAAGUUGGGAGAAACGCGAUGCAUAUGUGGAGUAGAGGGACAAAUACUACUUGGGACAGAUCAGGCCCCUCAACUCCGACCCCAUUGCGUACAAGGCCGCCUGAAGCAACAAAUGUACCGGAUCGAUCGCAAUCUCGAUCUCAUUCACCGUCCGAUAAAGAUUUACUAGAAUUUAGGACACCAGUCAAAAAGAAGCCAAAGGCUCCUAUUGAAGUAGCAUCAGUAUUCUCCCCGGGAACCUUCUAUAGAUCUAAACCUAAACCUCAACAGAUUUCAAUUGAAGAUUUUUCCAAUCAUCGAAAGUCUUCGAGCGCAAAGAAAUCAUCCCCGCCUUUGGAGUCAGCUUGCUCAACUUCGAAGUCUAUUUCUGUGCGGAAGACAAGAAAAUGGUCUUUAGAAGUCCGAGACUCAACGCCGCGACUUAGGCCUAGGGAAAACUCUCUGGAAGAAAUCACACCAGAUACGCCAACGCAGGUCGGAGACACAGCCCCAAGGCUCAGGCCUGGACGAAAGCCUACCACAGAACCUAUACUAGAAGUACCGAUACGAACCCAAGAUUUAGCUUCGAGAUCCAGGUCUACGUGCAGCUUAACUAGGGCCUCUGAGUCUGAAUUAGAACCGCCCCAGGAACCCCGAACCGCCCCCAAACCAACAAACACCCGGUCUAGAACUAAAUCAAUUGAAUCAUCUCAAGAGACUCGCUCAAUUGCAAAACAUAGAUCCACACGAAAUAGCUUCAAAACACUGGAGGCUCAGUCAUUAGAUCAAGAGCAAGAGCAGAUUUUAGAUACUAUAGAAGUGGUGCCCCCACCUGAAGUACAGUCGGGUGAUAUAGAUAUGAAAAAUACAAGACCCAAGAAUGAUUUUGGAGCGGUACCACCGUUCGGCAUGGCGCCUGAACGGCCGAAAGCGAAAAGGAGGCAAAGGGGGGGUUCUAAGAAGAAAGGGAAAAGAUCAGCGGAUACCCAUACGGAAGAGCAGGAAGUUUCAGGGAGCAUGGAUAUAAAGAGGUUCACAGAACCAGGAGUGCUUCAACAGGUGGAGGAUGCAGAUGCUAUUACUUAUGUACCGGGACCCGAAGACGGACCGGAAAUGGUUGAGAUCAUGAACAAAGAAAUAGAUCCUGGACUGGCGGAUACGAGAGUUGCAGCUGUAACAGAACCAAAUAAUCCUUGUGGGAAUGUAGAGGUCACAAGUGAAGAGCCUUCUAUCACUUUGGCUAUACCAGAGCCGGGGCAGGAACAAGUCGCAGAAGCGAAAUCAUCAACUUCAAGCAAAGACCCUACAAGAGAGGAGGUUUUUCAAAACUGGGUUAAUCGCCAUGUAGCUGCUUCGCAAAAGUUUAGCGCGGAUCAUAAGAGAAUUUCCAUUGCGAACCUUCUAUCGCCGGUGGCAGAAAGCCCAGUUGUGUACAGGAAUACAAAUAGAAGAGUCGAGAACAUUGCCCCCGAUAGCUCAAUGAAUGGUGGUGAAAUGCCAGUAGUGUCACGCUAUGACCCUUUUACUGCGAGGCCAGUUGAACUUCCAGCAAAAGUCCCCGCAUCACUUACACCAAUCUCACGACUUGAAAAAGCUCAAUCACCUAUCAUAUCCCAUACCGCCACGAUUGAUGUACCGUGCUCUCCUGAGCCAAUGCCAAAACUUGUAUCAAAGGACACCUAUAAAGAAUGCCCAACAGAAUUUUGCACCACCCACCCUGCGCUGGGAACACAGCUAGUGAAUCAACACAAGUCCUGGCAAAACACACAGGACGCUGUUCUCGCCCCCCAGAGUGGCUUCGCUGAGGCCAUCCAAGAGCCGCCUGCUCCACUAGGAGACUACCCAUCAACUUCUAUCACUCCUGGGGGAGACUUGUUGAGGCCAAUUCGUUUUUUCGACGACGAAACUCGAUCUGAGACACUGAUAACCGCGAAUCACUUCGUAGACUCUUACAAAAUCGGAGGGAAAAGUCCAUUCAAGACUCCAGGAAUGGAGAAUGUUCAAUGGACUGUUGAGCCCGAUGAGUUAUUAAAGACCCCAGGGUCCGAAGGCUUGGCUAAAUCGCGCGACGAAGAGAAUAAAGGAGAAACCCUACCGAAGACUUCCAGCCUUCAAUGGGCAGAUCAAUCGUACGAAGUAGAGGGGGGGAUUAUCAGCAAAACACCAGAGUUAGAAGCUAUUCAAUGGUCAGUCGAGCCAGGACCAAGGGAGAGGGAAGAGUCGCCGCCAAAGACACCACCGAGCCGCCAGUUAUCACCAUUUAAGAUCUCAUUCGGCAGUGAAGAGUCUGGAACAACGUUUACCCCGUUCCACGCCUUUGCUACACCCGAAUCAUCUCCAAAAGCUAAUCGGCAGAGUGAAUCCUCGCCGCAUGGCCUCUCCACAUUUGAUAUCCCCUCGACAUCUAAGAAAUCAGUCAAGUUUGCGCGAAGUCUCUUCGCGACCGAUGACAAUGAUGAGAGUAGAGAAAUCGAUAACAUAAUGAGUUUUAGCAACAACUUCUCGCCUGUGCUUGGAGUGGAGCCGCAAGAUCCUGAGAGUCUAUUGGAACAGGUGAAAGGUUUUAUGGGAGAAGGUGUAUGGGAUGCGGUGACAGAGGCGCAGAAGAUCGCGGGUAGUGAUACGACCUCGACGGCCCCAAUUGAGAAAUCUGAAAAAAAGGAUACAUUGCAUGUAUGUUCUGUGGUUUUGACGAACACUUCCCUGGAACGAUAUUGGGAUCAUGAUUUUAGGAUUUCAUAUUAG